AUGCAUAUUGAGAAGAAUGUGUGUGAUAGCUUGAUUGGCACACUGUUGAAUGUUCCUGGGAAGACAAAAGACGGUGAAAAUGCUCGAUAUGACUUGAAGGAUAUGGGGAUUAGAAGUGAACUCCACGUUGUUGAGGGAAAACCCAAGAAAUACCUUCCUCCCGCAGCUUAUACAUUGUCACAAAAAGAGAAAAAAGUGUUAUGUGAAUCCUUAGCUGGAGUGAAAGUUCCAGAGGGUUUUUCUUCUAACUUUCGCAACCUUAUUUCGAUGGAAAAUCUGAAACUUGUGGGUCAUAAGUCUCAUGAUUGCCACAUUUUGAUGCAAUAUUUGUUGCCAGUGGCUAUUCGCUCAAUUUUACCUAAAAAUGUUCGAUAUGCCAUUAUUAGAUUGUGUUCAUUCUUUAACGCAAUGUACGCCAAAGUCAUUAAUCCUAAAGACUUAGAUAAUUGGGAAACAGAAAUUGCUAUCAUUAUUUGCCAAUUACAGAUGUAUUUUCCUCCAUCUUUUUUUGAUAUCAUGGUUCAUUUACCUAUUCACUUGGUGAGAGAGAUAAGGUAUUGUGGCCCAUUUCAUUUGAGAGCUCAAUGGUCCUUUGAAAGGCAAACGAAAAAUUAUAAGGGAUAUGUGAAGAACGCCUAUAGACCCGAAGCUUGUAUUGCUGAAAGGAACUUCUAUGAAGAUCUUGUUGGAUCGUGUAGUCAAUAUCUAGAAAAUGCAAAGAUUAUUGGGCUUUCAAUAUCAAGACAUAGUGGUAGAAUGGAGGGAAAAGGGAUCAUAGGUCAUAAGAAACGUGAGUUGUCUUAUGAAGAAUGGCACAAGGCCCACACAUAUGUUCUGUUUAACGAGGAUGAAGUUACACCAUAUAUUAACAAACACAUUGAUCACCUUAAGCAGUUCAAUCGUAAGACAAGUCAGAAAUCCCUUCUUAGUCAACAUCACAAUUCAUUUAGAACUUGGUUGAAAGAUAAAGUGAUGAGAGAGCUUAAUGAUCCACUAUAUGUUGUUUCUGAUCGACUAAAGAGUUUAGCGUUAGGACCCAAUUUUAGAGCCUCUUUUUAUUCUGGGUAUGUAUAUAAUGGUUGCACAUUCUAUACUAAGGAGCAAGAUGAAGUUAGCACUAUGCAGAAUAGUGGAGUUGUUGUUGAAGCCGAAGCUAUGUAUUUUGCAAGUGCUAAAGAUAGUUCUCCUGCCCAUGGUAAAAUGUGGUAUUACGGUGUCAUUGAAAAAAUUGUUGAGUUGCAAUACAAUGAUUUUGUGAUACCAGUUUUUGGUUGCAAAUGGGUUGAUAACAACAACGGAGUUGACUAUGAAGAUAUAGGGUUUACUUUGGUUAAUUUUGACAAGCUUGGUCAUAAGGAAGAUCCUUACAUAUUGGCUAGUCAAGCAAGACAAGUGUUCUACAUGACUGAUCCAUCCGAUCAAAAAAGGUCUGCUGUUAUAAAGCCAAGGUCUCGGUUUGAAAUCGAUGAAAUUGUUGACUACCAUGAAGAUGAUGAUAUUGAAGAAGAGGAAAUCCAUUUCACUAAUGGGGUACAAGUCCAAGAUGUCAUCAACGAUUAUGGAGAUAAUUCAGUAACAUAUAUACGUGAUGACCAUAGUGAAGGAACAUGGGUUGAUGACACUAGUAAUGAGGGUGCAUCACGGAAGCGUCGACGGAAAGAGAAAUGA